AUGAAGAUGUUCACAGAGUGGAAUCCUGUCAAAGGGUAUAUAAUCAUGGAAUACCUUGAGAACCUGAAGGCAGUGCAUCUAUAUGAAACCGUUACGCCACAAGAAGUGAAGCAGAUUCUUCGACACAAAGCCGCAAUGGAAGCGAGCUCACUCGACGUGCCCUCAGAAGAGAGAAAUGAGUACAUAUCACCUUUCAAAACCAUAUUCGCAGCGGUAUUCAACGAAAAGAUGCUGGAUCAAAUGCUGACGGUGUUUUCUACAAUUCGAAGGCGGGAAAGUUUGCUGAGAGCGGGGAGCAUCUCAAGGAAAUUUUCCCGGAUUUGGUGGAUCUUGAUGGGUGGAAAAUAUGAGCCAAGAGCUCGGAAUGGAAGAAGUUUUAUGUCACGGCGAUUUAUGGUCCAUGAACGUUUUGUGGAGACAAAAAGGAGAUGCUCUCAACAUGGCUGCUGUUGUGGACUAUCAGACGGCCCAUUUUGGCUUGUGCAGCAACCGAUCUUGUGCGGGUGCUUUGUGCCUGUCUCAGCGGCAAGGAUCGGCAGGCUCAUUGGGAAGAACUUUUAG